CAUAUCAAAAUGGCGGACUGAGUUGCUGUGGCUUUCGAUCUUUUUACCUUUAUAGAUUUAAAUAUAGCAUCAAAAACCUCAGUAGUUGUCAUUUAUAAAGCCCACGAAACGGAAGUUGAGUUUGGAGCGAUGGAGUGUUACCUGAAGUGAAGAUUGAAGACGUGAUAGAAGAUGGACGACUACUGCUAUGCUAAGAUGGCGACGUCCUCUAAAAGAGAACAUGAAAGAGAAUCAGCGCCACCAACUUCCAGCAAAUCACCAACGGAGAUAAAGACGAACGAUAAAGACGUCCAGCAGCCGAUUGGUCAUCCAGAAGAACUUCUCACUCAGUUGUGUGGAAGCUCAACUUUGAAUCAGGCGAUUAUACAACCACCCCACAUUAAAAAGGAAGAGGAGGAACUCUGGAUCACUCAGGAGGGAGAGUGUCUUCUAGGACGAGAGGAAGCUGAUUACACCAAGUUGCCACUGACUGUUGUCUCUCUGAAGACUGAAGAUGAUGAAGAGAAACCACAAGUAGACAACCUCUUAGCUCCACUAUCAGAUAGUGAGGCUGAAGACGAGGUUGAAGAAAAUGUGAGCAGCGAUACAGACUGUGAAGGUGAUAUGAGGACUCACACUGACAACAAACACUCUGAAUGCUCUACAAAGAAGAAAGAUAUACACCAGCUGAUUGGUCAUCCAGAAGAACGUCCAUCUCAGUCGCAUGGGCAGGGCUCCACUUUGAAGCAGGAGACUCCACAACCACCCCACAUUAAAAAGGAAGAGGAGGAACUCUGGAUCAUUCGGGAUCGAGGGUGUCUUCUAGGACGGGAGGAAGCUGAUAUCAUUAAUUUUCCACUGACUGUUGUCUCUGUGAAGACUGAAGAUGAUGAAGAGAAAUCCCAAUUAGAAAACCUCUUGGUUCCACUAUCAGAUAGUGAGACUGAAAAUAAGGUUGAAGAACCUUUGAGCAGCGAAGCAGACUGUGAAGUUGAUAUGUUGUCUCACACUGACAACAAACACUCUGAAUGCUGUAGCAAGAAGAGAGGUAAACAAACUUUCAGCUGCUCAGUCUGUGCUAAAAGCUUUGCUAAAAAGAGCAAUAUGACUCAACACAUGAGAACAAACACAGGAGAACAAACAUUUACCUGUUCGGUCAACAAAAAACACUCUGGAAACUCUAAAAGUAACAUGGGUAAAAAAAAAUUGCGCUGUUCAGUUUGUGCUAAAGGCUUUUCUCAUAAGGGCAAUUUGAUGUGUCACAUGAGAACGCACACUGGGGAAAAACCAUAUAAAUGUUCAGUUUGUGGUAAAAGCUUUUCUCAAAACAGCAGUUUGACGAAACACAUGACAACACACACUGGAGAAAAAAUAUUUACUUGUUCAGUUUGCAGAAAAAGCUUUUCUCUAAAGAGCAGUUUGACUAAACAUGUAAGAACACACACCGGAGAAAAACCAUUUACUUGCUUAGUUUGUGGUAAAAGCUUUACUCAAAAGAGUAGUUUGACCGGCCACAUGAGAACACACACAGGAGAAAAAACAUUUAAUUGUUCAGUUUGUGGUAAAGGUUUUUCUCAAAAGAAUCAUAUGGUUCCACACAUGAGAACACACACAGGAGAAAAAACCUUUAAUUGUGCAGAUUGUGGAAAAAGCUUUUCUCUAAAGAGCAGUUUGACCAAACACAUGAGAACUCAUACAGGAGAGAAACCCUUCUGUUGCUCAGUUUGCGCUAAAAGCUUUGCUACAAUGUGGCAAUUGACUCAACACCUGAUAACACACAAUGAUCAAAAAGCAUUUAGUUGCUCAGUUUGUGCUAAGAGCUUUUCACGAAACAGCUAUUUGACCCAACACAUGAGAACGCACACAGGAGAGAAUCAAUUUAAUUGUUCGGAUUGUGGUAAAUGCUUUUUUUCCAGGCAAGGUUUGGCUCAACACAACAUGAAACACACUGGAGAAAAACCAUUUAGUUGUUCAGUUUGCGAUCAAAGAUUCCAUUAUAAUACUGUCGCAUUAAGACACUUAAAAACACACAAGGGAAAAUAACGAAUCGACAGACGCAGUUUGAGGCAUGUUGCUCAUCCAUCCAAACCCAGGACCUCCUCAUAAAUUAAAUUUGUUGUUGCUUCAAAAUAUCUGAGACGUUCGUUUAAAUUGGUGUUAUCUGGAGUAUAAUCUCAUCUCCUCAUGACCCCAUGUCCUCUGCGCACCUGAAUCUUUCUUGAAUGGUAAGAUAGAUCAGUGUUUUUCAACCACUGUGCCGCGGCACACUAGUGUGCCGUGAUAUACAGUCUGGUGUGCCGUGGGAGAAUAAGUAAUUUUACCUAUUUGGGUUAAAAAUAUUUUUUUCAAACCAGUAAUAAUAAUCUGCAAAUGUGUCUGUGCUGUUUAGAGCUAGGCAGAGUAACCGUGUAGUACUCUUCCAUAUCAGUAGGUGGCAGCAAGUAGCUAAUUGCUUUGUAGAUGUCGGGAACAUGGUUUGUCGUGAUCACAAUAUGCAGACGACAGCCUGCAGGUCAAAAUGUAUCUAAUGCUUAAACCAAAAAUAAACAAAAGGCGAGUGCCGCUAAGAAAAAGCAUUGAAGUUUAGGGAUGGCUAUGCAAAACGAAACUAAAACUGAACUGGUUGCAAAGUAAACAAAAACGGAAUGCUGGACGACAGUAAAGACUUACAGUGUGUGGAGCAGACGGGGUCCACAAAGUACAUCCAAACAUGACAUGACAAUCAACAAUAUCCCCGCAAAGAAGGAUAGCGACAACUUAAAUAAAUCCUUGAUUGCUAAAACAAAACAGGUGCAGGGAAUAGUGCUCAAGGAAGACAUGAAACUGCUACAGGAAAAUACCAACAAAACAUGAAAAGCCACCAAAAUAGGAGCGCAAGACAAGAAAUAAGACACCACACACAGGAAGACACCACAAAACUCCAAAUAAGUCACGGCGUGAUGUGACAGUACUUAGAGACAAGUAUAGUGAUGCAUGGUUGGUUAUGGUUUAAAUUCAUAUUCAACAAUUGCGACAACAUCUUUUUAUUGUCAAUAUCGAGUUCUAAUUUUUUAAUGAUUUCUGCUGGUGGUGUGCCUUCGGAUUUUUUCAAUGAAAAAAAUGUGCCUUUGCUCAAAAAAGGUUGAAAAACACUGAUAUAGAUGAUACUUGUAGUGCUUGUUUACUCCUUCUCUAGACCAGAUAGACCUGAUGACAUUUGUGAGGUUUCUGCUGGCAUGUAGACUUCCAGAUUAGAUGGAAACAUUGAUUUUGUAGCUUUUCAACCUAUGGCCACAAAUUCCAACUUGUAUCCUUUGUUGUGUUUAGCCAUCUGAAGUACAGACAUAUUAUAGGCCUUGUUCACACGGCAGAUCAGUUCCGAUUUUUUUGCCCAUAUGUGACCUGUAUCUGAUUUUUUUCAUGUCAAUGUGAACAGCGACAUUACACAUUGUUCUAAUCUGACCUUGGCCUCUUUCAUAUGUCGAUAGAAAUCGGAUAUGUAUCAAAUGUGACUGCAGUGUGAACGCUCCAGCUGCAUUCACCCGACAAAAUGCUGGGUUGCAUUUUUUCGUUGCAGUGUCGGAGGGUAAACAAGCAUUAGUCUGGCCACGAAUCAAGUGGAAAAAGUGUUAGUAAGUGAAGAGAAUGUAGUACACACUUUCUGUCAAACUGUCAAUCAAAGUAAUUUCAUAUAUAUUUAAUACAAAAAAACUAAAGUCCAUUCUUUUUGUAAUGUUCACAUGUUUGAUAUACGUAUUGUGACUUUAAGUUGCAUUAUAAGUGUAGCUUUUAUUGUCAUUGUACAACAAUGCAACACAAUUGAAUGAAUACAAUUCAACUUUAGCUUCUUGAUUUUACAAUGUUUGGUGUAGUGUGACUUUUUUGGUGAUUUUAGACUGCCAACCAUUCCCACGCCUUUAUCAUUGCUUUUUCCUAAAUCUAACCUUGUUUGCGCAUAUGCGUUCUUUACCAGCGGAUAAUAGUUUCUUGUUUGUUAGUAUUUCAGAACGGCUCUUUAACUAAUAGACGACGGAAAUGCAAGUUGACGUUAUUAAUAGUCUUCACAUCAAUAAUAUUGCAAACUAUAUUUGUAUGUGUAUUUAAUUUUCCAAGUUGAAUCAUUGGUAUUAGAAUUGUACACAUGCACAUGUGUGCAUUAGUACACAUCAUGAUAAGCAGGGUACU